AUGUGGAGGUUCAUGUGUGUCAGUUUAGCGCUGCUCUUGUGUGUUCAAGGUUCACUUUCUCAGUUAAAUGUUUGUGGACUAGCCCCUCUAAACAACCGUAUUGUAGGGGGUGUAAAUGCUUUCGAUGGUUCAUGGCCAUGGCAGGUCAGUCUGCACAGCCCUAUCUAUGGUGGUCAUUUUUGUGGAGGCUCCCUGAUCAACAGUGAAUGGGUGCUGACCGCAGCUCAUUGUUUACCUGGUAUUCCUACAUCCAGUCUGCUUGUGUUCUUGGGAAAGACGACACAGCAGGGAGUCAACACCUAUGAAAUCAGUCGAAAUGUCAUCAAGAUCAUCGUUCACCCUUCCUACAACAAUCAAACCAAUGACAAUGACAUCGCUCUGCUGCACCUGUCCUCUGCUGUUACCUUCAGCAACUAUAUCAGACCUGUGUGUCUGGCAGCCCAGAACAGCGUCUUUCCCAAUGGAACCAGUAGCUGGAUCACAGGCUGGGGAAACAUUCAGUUGGGAGUGAAUCUACCUGCUCCUGGGAUUCUGCAGGAGACUAUGAUUCCAGUAGUGCCCAAUGAUCAAUGUAAUUCUCUACUGGGUUCUGGAUCUGUUACCAACAACAUGAUCUGUGCUGGAUUAAUACAGGGAGGGAGAGACACCUGCCAGGGGGACUCUGGUGGUCCAAUGGUGAGCAAGCAGUGUUUAGUGUGGGUUCAGUCUGGUAUCACCAGCUGGGGUUAUGGCUGUGCUGAUCCCUAUUCACCUGGAGUUUACACCCGCGUGUCACAAUACCAAAGCUGGAUCAACAGCAUCAUCGUCCAGAACCUUCCAGGAUUUGUCCUAUUUAACUCUUCAAGCACAUGCUCAAGUGUUUCUACGACUUUACCUAAUUCUACUGCUUUACCUACUUCUACUAUUUCAACUACAUCACCAACUACUACUACUACCACGAAAAUUUCCACGAUCUCAUCUGCAUCUACUAAACCACCUACUUCUACUACCUCACAAACUUCUACAACAACUACGAAUUUAAGACCUCCACCCAAUCAGACCUCAAUCUCUUGUCGCAAGAGAUGUGGUGAAAAAUACGACAUCCGCAACCGAUGCAACUGCAAUAAUCGCUGCCGCAAAAACUGCUGCUGGGAUUAUGAAAAGAAAUGCAACAUUCUGAAGAUGUGGAGACUGACUUGUGCCACUUUGACCCUACUCAUAUGUGUCAAAGGUUCAGUUUCUCAGUUGAAUGUUUGUGGACAAGCCCCUCUGAACUCCCGUAUUGUAGGGGGUGUAAAUGCACCUGAGGGUUCAUGGCCAUGGCAGGUUAGUCUACAGAGCCCUAGGUAUGGAGGUCAUUUUUGCGGAGGCUCCCUGAUCAACAGUGAAUGGGUGCUGACCGCAGCUCACUGUUUACCUGGUGUCUCUACAUCCAGUCUGGUUGUGUACUUGGGAAGGAGAACACAGCAAGGACUCAAUACUCAUGAAACCAGUAGAAAUGUUGUUACAAUGAUCGUUCACUCCUCAUACAACAGCAACACAAACGACAAUGACAUCGCACUGCUGCGCCUGUCCUCUGCUGUUACCUUCAAUGACUAUAUCAGACCUGUGUGUCUGGCGGCCCAGAACAGUGUCUAUAGUGCUGGUACCAGCAGCUGGAUCACAGGCUGGGGAGAUGUUCAGGCUGGAGUGAAUCUACCUGCUCCUGGCAUUCUGCAGGAGACUAUGGUUCCAGUUGUGGCUAAUGAUCGAUGUAAUGCUCUGCUGGGUCCUGGUUCUGUCACCAACAACAUGAUCUGUGCUGGUUUAACACAGGGAGGCAAAGACACCUGCCAGGGGGAUUCUGGUGGUCCAAUGGUGACUCGGCUGUGUACAAUGUGGGUUCAGGCUGGUAUCACCAGCUGGGGUUAUGGCUGUGCUGACCCUAACAGUCCUGGGGUUUACACUCGUGUGUCACAGUAUCAGAGUUGGAUCACAAGCAAAAUCAGUCAGAACCAGCCGGGAUUCAUUCUCUUCAACCCACCAAGCUCAUGCUCCUCCAGCAGCUUAACCUCAUCUUCCUGUACCGGGAGAUGCAAUGAAGUGUACAACACACUCAAUCGCUGCAACUGCAAUGCUAACUGCGUUACAAAAUGCUGCACGGAUUACAAACAGCGUUGUGCCAGUUAAGAAAACUCUACGGAUUCAAAACAGGCUUGUAAUCGCAUGACUUGUGAAUAAGAUUUUUACCUGCCUGUUUGUUCAGAAGACUUCAGUGCUGCUUUUGAAAUGUUGCUCAGUCAGAAUUUCAGUGGAAACAGGCUUUUAAAGAGCUGCUUCACUCACUUUACUCAGGGGUGUAAAUGCAUAUUUUUCUGUUUAAAAUAAUUUGAACACUUUCCCCUCUCUAUUAGUUCAGACUGAUUUCUCUCUCGAUUUUAUGUCAAUGUUUUUUUUUAGUUAGCAUUUACAGAUUUCUGGGUAUAAUAAAAUGAUACUUAAAAUUUUUUUUUUAAUGGAUUUCUUUCACAUUUCCGCUGUCACAUAAGUGGCCAUUUCUCCAAAUUUAAAUAAAUGUUUGUCACAAAAUGCGUUACCAUUCUCUGCAAUAAGUAUAAUGAUUUAAUAAUGGCUUUAACAGAAUCAUUAAAUACCUCCAAUCACUGCCUUUUCAUGCUUUUUGCAGUAAUAAAUCUUUCCAACAGUGGGCAUAGUGAGCACAUAUGAAUGAAACAUGUUCUGCAUCCAGCAUACUUCAAUGUCAUUGAGACUGUUGAUGUGUUCCAAACACAUGAUGUGUUAAUUUACUAUUGUGUGUACCUGGGAAUGCUAUUUCUCUAUUAAACA